AUGUCUGCUUCCGGAGCCACAACGCCUGCCCAGGCCAGCAGCGGUAGCUGGUCUGCCUUCCUCAAGUCAAUUGCCUCCUUCAACGGCGAUCUCUCCUCCUUGACCGCGCCGCCCUUCAUCCUCUCCUCUCAGUCCCUGACCGAAUACUCGUCCUACUGGGGCACGCACCCUCCCCUCCUUACCGCCCCGGCCACCGAGUCCGACCCCGCCAAGCGCGCCCUGCUCGUCCUCAAGUGGUUCCUCGCGACCCUCAAGCACCAGUACGCCAGCCGCAGCGAGAAAUAUGGCAACGAGAAGAAGCCCCUCAACCCGUUCCUCGGCGAGCUCUUCCUGGGCUCCUGGAACGACGAGGCCGGCGAGACGACCCUCGUCUCGGAGCAGGUCAGCCACCACCCGCCGGCCACAGCCUACUGCCUUCGCAACGACAAGACGGGCGUGCAGCUCGAGGGCUACAACGCGCAAAAGGCCACCUUCAAGAGCACAAUAAUCGUCAAGCAGAUCGGCCAUGCCGUGCUCACCGUCCCCGUGGGCAAGGAGACGGAGCGCUACCUCAUCACCCUGCCUUCCCUGCACAUCGAAGGCCUCAUCUUCGGAACGCCCUUUGUCGAGCUCGACGGAGGCAGCACCAUCUCCAGCUCGUCUGGAUACACCGCCAAGAUCGACUACAGCGGCAGGGGCUGGUUGUCCGGUAAGAAGAACAGUGUUACUGCUGUCCUCCACCCGACCGGCAAGGAGAAGGAGGUCCUCUACAAUGUCACGGGCCAAUGGACCAAGGAGUUCGAGAUCUACGAAGGCCCCGCCAAGAAGAACUCCAAGGCGACGCUGCUGGAGACGUAUGAUGCUGUCGCGACGGCCCCCGCGGAACUGCAGAUUGCGCCCGUUGAGAAGCAGCAUCCUCUCGAGUCGCGCCGAGCCUGGUCCAAGGUUGCCGAGGCUAUCCAAAAGGGCGACAUGGACGCCGUCUCGGUGGAGAAGGGCAAAAUCGAGCAGGCGCAGCGCAACCUGCGGGCCAAGGAGCGGUCCGAAGACCGCUCGUGGGAGCGGCGAUAUUUCAAUGCCACCGAAGGCGCGGACGAGACCCUUGAGGCCGUCGGCAAGGCUGCUGGCGUUCCUCUGGAUGGCGAGCAGGACAAGACGGGCGGCCUCUGGAGGUUCUGCCACGAAAAGGCCGCCAAGGCCGCCGCUGAACAGCUUGCCGAUGACGAAAUCAAGAAGAUCCAGGAAGAGAUCCUGGGUCAAUAG